AUGUUGGAAUUCGUCCUUUUGCUAACAGUUUUCAUUAGCUUUUCCAGUGCUCAAUAUGAGAAUGAUCCGGAUGUACAGGAUGUGGUAAGAGAUUCAAUGAUAAUGAUAAACGAUCAAAUGAGAGGUAAAAGUCUGUAUAAACUGGGAAAAAUACUGAAAGCAAAAGUUUUGGUAGUACAGAAUGCGAUAUAUCAAGUUACACUUCUUCUUAUCCCGACAACCUGCCCAAAGCACCAAAAAGUUCAAAAUCUAUCUCAAUGUCCAGUGGACAGGCGACAACGGCAACAGACGGUUAAUGUUAAAAUAACAGAAUCAUUGACUGGUGAAAUUACUGUCAAAGUUGGUUGA